AUGUCUGGUAUCCUUUUUCGAACGCCCUCUCACUCGUCUCUGGCUACUUCUAGCCGGCUAUGGAUCCCACGCAAAUGUCUGCAUACCUCCUCUCCUGCACAAAAAUCCGUCCUCUCUUCUACAAAAGCAAACGACAAGCCUAGUCUUGUGAAGGCUUUAAAUUUGACCGCCGCUGAAACACGCAAAGUAGCAAAAAAAAGAGGGAAGCGGGUGGAGUAUAAACCCACGGAAAACCUGGUUAAAAAGCACCUUGUGCAACUACGUGACAACCCUUUCACUGUGCAAGAUGUAGAACAUCUGAAGCCCAAAAAACAGACAAAUGCGAAGUCGAAGAAUUAUGAAUCGGAAUACCAACAAGUCCUGAACGUGUUGUUAAAGUCAUUUACCUGGCCACAAUUGCGACAGUACGUGGAGCACGCUAAUCUGUCUCCUCCAUCGAGAGGGAAUAAAUUAGCCACUGCUCAGCACAUCUUGGAGAACAUAUGGGGUUGGACACCUCUCCAGCAGGUAUUGCAAGAUAGGGCAGAUUGGAGCGAAUCGGGUGAACAACUUUUUACUUUGGAUCCUGGAUACUCAUUCCUAUUAGUGGGUAAAGAUGGCACCGAACUUCUCCAAUUAUCGCGGCGUUACAAUGUUAAGAUGUCUUUCACCAAUCCCAGGACGCUCAAGGUUCAGGGUUUGAAAGGUGCUUUGAAGCAGGUCGCCGGGUAUAUAGAGAGCUUCAGAAACGAUGUCACUACCGAAGAUUUCGAUUUACCAACAAAGAAAAAACUCACUGUACUUGCCGAUCGCAUUUCGCGCGUUUCUGGUGCUCAUGUAAAACCCAAAGAUGAUGCAAAGAUAGCCCUUACAUUCCUGAGAUCUCAUCCACAAACAGCUUACAUAGCAAAGCGUCUAAUUCUUCAAGCCAUUACCAGUGAAAGUUCUUCGACGCGAAUAGUUUACAACGGACAGCCGGAGUCGUCGGAAAAAGUGGCCUCCGAGCGAUAUUCCCUUUAUCCAUUUUUACCUCCACAACCUCUUUCCUGGCAAAAUCCAUCAUCUUCCUUUUUUCGAUACCGGCGUGUUGGAGAAUGGUUAAAAAGCCCUCAGUUCGAUAAGCCCGAAACCCAGCUUGGAACCUCAGCGGGCAGCCGUGGGAUAGAAUCCUUAGAGAACGAGUUUGGUAAUAGCGUCGAGUCUCAGUUACUGCUUCAACUUGGCGAAAGCGGUUCUGGUUCCCCUAAUUUUAUUGUAUCCACUGGUCAUUUACUCAUCGUGUCUCCUCCCAAUCAGCGUACAACGCUUACUCCACCUCUUAUUGGCCACGUCGAUUCCGGAGUUCUUCUGGACUGGAUCAAUCACUCUAGAAAUAGAGUCAUUUUCCACCCAAGUGCACCUACACCAACAUUAUCAACGCCAACUAAGGAAGAAUACACCAUUCGAAGAAUUGUAUAUCGCUCUAUGACAUCUGCGCAAAAUGAUGCAUCACACGAUAAUUUAAAGCCUGGUCCUACGACAACUCUGACAUUUGAAUUGCCUUGUGUCGAGCAGAAUAGUGAGACAAGCACUUCUGCUUCAGAAUUUGCUUCGGAAGCUGCUGCAGACAAUUUGAAUCGUGUCUCGUUGCUGAAAGGUGUAGAAAGCAGUGUAGAGAUUUUUGUACCGGACGGUUCGUCAGACCUUAUGAUAUCUGCUUCGCGGAGCCAAGUUGUUCCGAACUCUUCAUGGCCAGAAGAAUGGAAAAAUGCUGCUGUUUCAUUACUGACAAGUGAAAGGAAAUUACAAAAUGACACCAGCUUCCCUCUUGUUAUUACACAUGACGGAGAACAGUUUUUCUUCGCUGGUGACUGGCAUGUCCACCGUUCCCUCAAAACCGUGAUGUUAGAGGGCAUGGAGGAUGAACAAACUAUUAUUGUUGAAACAACCACCGACCACGAUACUGGUAAAAGUGUAACCAUGUGCAAGGCAAACUGCGAGGACUACAAAUCACAGUCCCAAUGGAACAACUUUUUACGAAUCUGCGGUUCGCUCAGUAAUCCCCUCCAAAAAUGUGAUACAAAGGUCCAUUCAAUUGAGGAAUUCUCCCCGUUUUGA